GGGCGGAGGAGGAGAGGGGCUGGGGGAGAGCGCACGUCCCAUCCAGCCCCCCCACCCCUGCGCUCGCCGCUGCUCCGGCUCCGACGCGGAGGAGCCGAGAGGAGUCGCCUCGCCGCAGAGAUCGGGGUUGAUCCGAAGUGGCUGCAGACCUGCCGCCCUUCCUCCUCCUCCCCAUGAGGGCUCUUUCCCCCAGAGGCUCCGGGUUGCUUCCCCUGCUGCCUCCGGGAUCGGGAUGGAGACGCCUGCUUUCUGGCUAGUGCAACUUUUCCUCUGCCUGCUGUGGGUUAAUCAUCUAAUGACACUUGGAUUAGGAGGUGCACGACAUCAAGCAAUUGUUUGCAAUGAAUCUCUCAUGUUAGAAAAGUUGCCUGCCUGUGGAAAAUCAUUUGAAGAAAUGAUGAAGAAAGUAGACUCUAAAAAAUGGUGCAACCUAACAGAAUUUAUCAUGUAUUAUGAUAAUUUUACCCAGUGCACAGAGCAUGAAGCCAACAAUGCAAGCUGCUUCUGGCCAAACCCCCUUGCAGAGCACUUCAUCACUGGAAUCCAUAAACAAUUCUUUUCAAAUUGUACAUCAGAAGAGGUCCAUUGGGAAGAUCCUCCAGAUGAAAUUCUCAUACCUCUGAUCUUAAUCCCUGUCUUGCUGACAGGUGCCAUGAUAACGCUGGUGGUGUGGUGCAGUAAGAGAAGUGAUAUUUUAGUAUGAACCACACUUUGUUUUUCCCCCAUUUUCUGUCUUUUAAAAUAUAAGAAGAAAAGUUGAUUCCGUUUCACAUUUCAGAUCUGAAGAGCUUUAACCUGUCAGGUACUAAGAGAGAAAACUUUCCUAUGGUCAAACAAGUGUUCUGCUUGGACCUAAAGACAACUUCUAAACUGAAGGUUUUCAGCAUUGCUCAUACAAAGAAACCAUGUUUUCAUCAAAACCAGUGUGGUUAACAGGUCAUGGAAAUCCCAUUCAGGUUUGGAUAAUGAGGGAAUGGACUUGCUAGCCGAAGGAGAGUUUGGUUGAGUGAGCUAAAAUUUUUUAAAAUGUUAUGUAUAUGUAUUUGAAUGCACAAUUAGUGAUUAAUUUGCCUUAUUUACAAUGGUGUUAUGCUGGACCUUUGAGUUUUCCUUUGUUAACUUUGUUACUUCAGUGGAAGAGACCCACUAAAGCAAUUUAACAAGAAGAUUACCACGAGGCAGCUUUUCUUGGAGGUUAAUACAAACAUAUUGAAUUAAAGAUUGCAACUGUUGUCUUGGGGGAAGGAACAAUUCAUACGGCCAGUGACUAUUAUACAGAGAAAACAUUGUGUAUCUAAAACGUCCUUUGGCUUAUUUAGAAUUGGCUCAUCUAAGAAGGGACUUCAGGAAGGAUGAAGAUCUUUUCCCAGAGCUGGAAAAUACGAAUGGGAAGUGGAAUGAUUAUGAAUUUACCAAGGAAUGGUAAAGGAACUGUCAUAUGCCAUAUCCCUUUUUUCUUUGUUUUAAUUAUUAUUCUUAUUAUAUUGAUGACUGUGUUCACUGUGUGCCCCCUAUUUUCACUUCACAAAGAAUCUUUUUUGUUCAAGUGAUGUCCUCUAAGCAACAAUAAUAAAAAGUGUUAUAUUAAUUGA